CGGGCCGAGGGCCUUGGCGGGCCGUUAGCGGGCCGCGGCGGCUGUAGGGUCUCCUCCCCUGCCGGACUUGCGCGCCCCGGCGCUCGGAGCCUCCGGCGCUGUGCCCACCCCGCUCCAGCUCGCGUCUCCCGACUCCAAUUAGAGCAACCGGACGGCCAUGGAGGCCGAAGAGACGAUGGAAUGCCUUCAGGAGUUCCCUGAACAUCAUAAAAUGAUCCUGGACCGAUUGAAUGAACAGCGAGAGCAGGACCGGUUUACUGACAUCACCCUGAUUGUCGACGGACACCAUUUUAAGGCCCACAAGGCUGUUUUGGCUGCUUGCAGCAAGUUCUUCUAUAAAUUCUUUCAGGAGUUUACUCAGGAACCUUUGGUGGAGAUAGAAGGUGUUAGUAAAAUGGCCUUUCGUCAUUUGAUUGAGUUCACAUAUACAGCAAAGUUAAUGAUACAAGGAGAAGAAGAAGCCAAUGAUGUAUGGAAAGCAGCAGAGUUUCUACAGAUGCUAGAAGCUAUCAAAGCCCUUGAAGUCAGCAUCCUGACUCGCAGAAACAAAGAAAACUCAGCUCCACUAGAGGAAAAUACCACGGGGAAAAAUGAAGCAAAAAAAAGAAAGAUUGCAGAAACUUCAAAUGUUAUCACUGAGUCAUUGCCAUCUGCAGAAUCUGAACCUGUUGAAAUUGAGGUGGAGAUUGCCGAAGGCACAAUCGAAGUGGAAGAUGAAGGCAUCGAAACGUUGGAGGAAGUGGCUUCUGCCAAGCAGUCCAUAAAGUACAUUCAGAGCACAGGUUCCUCUGAUGAUUCCGCUCUGGCAUUGUUGGCAGAUAUUACCAGCAAGUACCGCCAAGGCGAUAGAAAAGGGCAGAUUAAAGAUGAAGACGGCUGUGCAUCUGACCCCACAAGCAAACAGGAACACAUGAAAUCACACUCCACUGAGAGUUUCAAGUGUGAAAUAUGCAAUAAAAGGUAUCUUCGGGAGAGCGCGUGGAAACAGCACCUCAGUUGUUACCACCUUGAAGAAGGUGGAGUCAGUAAGAAGCAGAGAACUGGGGAAAAAAUACACAUAUGUCAGUACUGUGAGAAGCAGUUUGUCCACUUUGGACAUUUUAAAGAGCAUCUUCGAAAACAUACAGGUGAAAAACCUUUUGAAUGUCCAAAUUGUCAUGAACGAUUUGCUAGGAAUAGUACCCUCAAAUGUCACUUGACUGCAUGCCAAACUGGAGUGGGAGCAAAAAAGGGGAGGAAGAAGCUCUAUGAAUGUCAGGUCUGUAAUAGUGUGUUUAACAGCUGGGACCAGUUCAAAGAUCACCUGGUGAUACACACUGGAGAUAAACCCAACCAUUGUACUCUGUGUGACUUGUGGUUUAUGCAAGGAAAUGAAUUAAGGAGGCAUCUCAGUGAUACUCAUAAUAUUUCAGAGCGCCUGGUAACUGAAGAAGUUCUUUCAGUAGAAACACGUGUGCAAAAUGAACCUGUGACAUCAAUGACUAUUAUAGAACAAGUUGGGAAGGUGCAUGUGUUACCACUGCUCCAGGUUCAGGUGGAUUCAGCACAAGUGACUGUGGAACAGGUCCAUCCAGAUCUGCUCCAGGACAGCCAAGUGCACGAGUCACACAUGAGUGAGCUUCCAGAGCAGGUCCAGGUAAGUUAUCUAGAAGUGGGGCGAAUUCAGACUGAAGAAGGUACUGAAGUCCAUGUAGAGGAGCUGCAUGUUGAAUGGGUAAAUCAGAUGCCAGUGGAAGUACAAACUGAGCUUCUAGAAGCAGACUUGGAUCAAGUGACCCCUGAAAUCAUGAACCAAGAGGAGAGAGACCCUACCCAAGCAGAUGCUGCUGAGGCUGCUACAGAAGAACACGAAGAUGCUGAGGCUUUAGAGACCAAAUCAACAGUGGAUUCCCAAGCCGAAAAGGCAGGAAAUGAGAACAGAACACCUAUGCCAGUUUUAGAAUGAAAUAACAAAUGCAUAUAUUUUUAAAGUUAUCUGUUGGGUUUUUGAACUGAUGAUGGGCAGUGUGACUGUCCUUACGCUAACAGACAUGUGGACCAAAGUUAAACUCUUUCCUGUUGUGCUGAACUGUUUCUAUGGAAGCAGACUGAUUUCCCCCCACUUUGCCACAGAGGAGGGAUCUUUCCCAUAAGUGAAUGGGAAGCUUUGAGAAGUAUAUUUCUGGAAAACUUAAAUGGAUUAUAUUCUUAUUAUAUAGUUGGGUACGAAUGUAUAUUUUCAUUGUGGUAAGAGUUCUUACUCUCUUUCCCUGGUCAUGUCCUUCCUCAAGUUUUUUUCCCCCCCAUGUUGUAAAAUCAAAUGUAAAAUCAUUAGAAUACAAGUUUAUGUAUUCUAAUGCAUGUUAGAAAAUUUGAAUAUAUAGGAAACAAGGCUGCAUGAAGAAAAGUGCAUUGUUACUGUGCAGUUAAAUUUUGGCUUCUGGCUUCCUUUAGUUUGAACAACAUUCUUGUCUGCCCUGAUGGGUAGUCAUAGAUGUCAUCUCUGCAACAGAAACAGAGUGGUAGUGGCGAAUUUCUAGAAUGUUUAAAAAAAAAAAAACACACACACACACCCAUGUGCCUUUUCAAAACCAACUAAACUUCUAUAAAGCAUCUCUAGUUCUUUCAAAAUUUGUGUUGUAAGCAGUGUAGGUGAUGCUGUAGUACUUUAUAUUUUUUUUCUUAUAAUGACAGCUACCAAUUCUUUUUCAUUUAGGUUGAGAAAUUUCAUUUAAUGGCAGCUGAAGGGCCAUUUUCAAUUGGGAAAAUUCAUUUAUAUCUGUGGUAAACUUUAUUUUGAUGAAAAGUUGCACUAGUAUUUUACCACCAGAUGAAAACAAGAUGAGCAUCAUUUAAAAAUUAAUGUAUUUAAAAUAAAGUACAGAGAAAAACAUGUAUAUAAUAUAUCAGGCUUUGUUUUGAAUGAAUCUUUUCCCCCAAUCCUUAAUGUAAAGAUCUUGUGCUAUAACUUUUAAAGCCAUACAAAUAAGAGUGCUAAACUGUGGACUUAAAAGUAGGUGUGUAAAUAUUUUUAAUCAGUAUUACUUGGAAAAUAAAAUAUAACAACUACAGAAAAUAAA